GAAAGGUCCGGACGGAAUUUGAGGGAAAUAACAGCGAGUGUGUGUGAUUAUAGUCUAUAGCGUCGAAACAGCCUACACUUAGCGUCUUGAGGGUGCUCCCGCAGCAGCUGUCGAACGUCUCCCUCGGUUUUGUGGUCGUCGGAGAGGGUAGGUGUCCUUGCUGUGUUGCUGCGUGUGAUGGACACGAGCGGGCCGGGUGCGUUGUAUGGAGAGGGUGCUGCUGCGUUUGCGGGCCUCCAAGAGCAGGUGAGACACGACUGAGAUGUGUCAUCAAGGAAUGCACACUUGUCGUGUUCUGUGUUGCCCUUUCAGGCUGGCGGGCUGCGCCUCAGCCACGCCAACCUCUUCAUGGACGCCGGGAAGCUCCUGCAGUCCUCUGCGAGCGCCUCCGCGGGCGUGGACGGCGCGCAGGACGGCACGCCGACGGACUCCUGGGUAGGUCGCAUGAAUCGAGAGCUGUGGUCGAUAGAGGGCACCAUGUGGGAGAUACGGCGGUCCAUGCUUAACGUGGCGCUUGGGGGAGAGCAGGGGAACGAGCUGGACUCGCAGAGGCUGGCGUCGCUCGAGAACCUGAGGCGCAACAUGCAGGAUGCACUCGCUGCCUUCAAGAAUGUAAGUCGAAACAGUGAGAUGGAUGGAUGGCCUGGAGGAAGGCAGGCAGGCAGGCAGAGAGACGGAUCGGCAGUGCUGCUCUCAUACAUGGUGCUGUCUGGCUGUGUGCUGCCUGUUGUGUGUGUGGCAGGAGCUUCCUUUGUUGCCCCAGCAGGAGUCCACGCCCGUCACCGAGCCCAACGGCAGCUCCCCUGCCCAGCUCGGCGCCAUCGACGGCAAGCGCGGCCGCCACCCCAUCCUCAAGCAGGAGGAACUCUCGCCAGGCGCCGCAGACACGGCCGCAGCGGCAGCAGCCUUAGGCAUGCACCCCAUACCCAUGGCCUUGGACGCAUCGCACCACCAGCAGCAGCAGGAGGGCGAGGAGGGGGCGGACGGGCAGGCGACGGGCAAGGCGGCGGGUGGCACCAGGCGCAGCAAGCGCCGCAGGAAGGCGUCGGUGACCCCCAUGGUCGCUGAGGAGCAGCCUGAGGAGCAGCAUGACGAGCAGCAGCACAACCCCCCUGCCCUCCCCGAGCACCCCCAGGUGACAGAUUUCCCCUUCCCCCACUUCCCCCUCCCCAUCGACACGGGCGUCAGUCCGAUGAACGUCAACGGCUUCCCCUACGCCCCCUUCCCGGCCAUCCCCGGCGGCACUUCAUCGGCCGACGACACCGUCAGUGAGCGGAGCAAGAAGGCCGCCACCAAUGCAUCCGGCAAAGGUGGCAAGGGGGGCACUGGGACCCGCCGCCCCCGGCGCGAGAUCUCAGUGGGUGACAAGCUCAAGGCGCUGGAGCAGCUGGAGAAGGGCACCCCGGCCACGCAGGUGUGCAAGGACUUCGGCAUGUCGUCGCGCACCCUGUGGAAGUGGUGGGAGAAGCGGGAGCUGCUGGCGUCCACCUAUGCCCUCGGCCGCACUGAGAAGAAGCGGCUGUCGGGCGGCGGGCGGAAGCGUCGCUUCCCCGAGCUGGAGGAGGAGGUGCGUCGUGAGGUCUGGAAGCGGCAGCAGAGUGGUAUGUAUGCCUUCACGAAAGAAGCACCAUCUCUCACACAGCCGCACACCCCCCUCUUUCUCUGUCUGUCUGUCUGUCUGUCUGCAGGCGAGAAGGUGACAUUUCCCGAGGCCCAGAAGAUCGCAUCGGCCGUCCGCCGGGAGCGCUUCCCCAACCUGGACUUCGAGCCCAACCAGCGGUGGCUGCGCAUCAUCUUCAACCGGCAGCACGAGAACUGGGAGCAGAUAUGCGCACGGGCCUACAGCAGCGCACAGGUCGACCAGCCACAGCUCGAUGACGGCGACGACCCAGCCAAGGCCGCGGCUGCAGCUGCUGCGGCCGCCAUGGCCUACACCAUGUCGGCCGAUCUGGCUGUACCCAUCAAAUUCGAGGAGGAUGCGGGUGAAGUGGCGGUGGCCGGUGGUGGUGGUGGGGAGGGGCAGGAGGAGGACAAGGCCCUCGAGGCAGAGUAGGGGACAGACGUUGGAGGGACGGAGGGAGGGAGGGAGGGGAGGGGAUGCAAUGUAAUGCAAUGCAUGGGUAUAUGCAGCGAUUGUGGAAGGGCUUUGCUGCAGUGGGUGGGGUGGGGUGGUAUGGGGGAGUGAGUGAUUGGGGGAGUGGGUUGGGUGAGUGAUAUAUGCAGGGACGGACGGGAGGGGCUGGGCAAGGUCCACAUGUGGGUGGAUGUGAAAUGAGCCAAGGUUGUGUGUUGCCCCGCUGUCCCACUGCCCGCCCCCUUUUUUCUUCUAUAUAUGGCAGCGGUGAGGUGAGAGGGUCUUCAUGCCCUCAACGAGAGCGUUUUUCUCCCUUCCUUGCCGGCACACUACACUGGUGGUGGGGUGGGUCGUUUCACACCGCAAACCAUUCUCGUUCCUCGAGCAGGCUGAGCCCGUUCCUCGAGCAGGCUGAGCCUCAGCCUGCUCGGGGAACUUUGAAUGGUGCGGUGUCAAGAUAGCUCCCCGGCAGUGCAGUCAUCGAUUUGGAUGGGAGGGCGUGCUGCUUUUGCCAGCCACGACAGGUGCGUGCCUCUCUGCCUCUCUGCCUGCCUGCCUGCAGCUGUCGAUCAUCUCAUCCUUGUACGUAAGAGUAAGUUUAUAUGGUGGCUUUCCGUCAUACACGCCUGCCUGCACAGCCUCAUGGUGGCCGGCUCUCGCUCAUGCCCCGUGAGUCGCGUGCACCCCACGGCACCGGUGUGGCGGCGAAUUCAUAAUCCCCUCCCUCUGUGUGUAUGUGUGGCAUGUGUGUGCUGCAUCCAUCCAUCCAUCCGUGCCAUGCCAUGCAUUAACGAGGAGGUUUUCCCGACUCCCUGCCGAGGUUUCCUCGGCGGGGCCGCCUGCCUUUCGUCAUCCGUCUUAAUUAGCUGACACCGUGCGUGAAUGUCGAUGGGGUGACGAGUGGAUGAAUGGCUGCAACAGCUCAUGGACACGCUGGGUGGGGGAAGACAAUAGAAUAUAUGGCGUCAAGACAAUGUUGAUG